AUGGUUCACAAGGUUCUCCUCUGGAGCGGGCUCGGCGUCGUGGCGCGAUUAUGGCAGCUGGGCAUUGAAAGACGACCGCUCUUCAAUAAGGAAUCCGUCUGGGUCUACCCCGUUUUUGCUUCUAUCGGUGGCAGCUUUGGCUACUGGCUCACCGGCGUCGAGCAGCGACAAUUCCGACUAUUAGCCGACCGUCGGGAUGCCCUACUCGAAAAGCGAGCACGAAGGAAGGAGCGCGAGGCCGCCGCAGGCGACGAGUAG